CGGCUAAUUUACGAGACUAUUGGCCUCCAUUGUUCAAGGCAUUGUUAAUACAAAGAUCAAGUUGCAAGUGUGUCUGCUUCAUCAUGGCUCUAUGUAAGCACGUCCUUCGCUCCUCUUACAUGAGGCUGGUGUCUGCUAGAGGCUACAUCACUCCACCAGGUCCUCCUGGCUCCAAGAGUGAGGCUGUGUUCAACAAAGAGAAGAAGUAUGGAGCAUGGAACUACAAGCCUAUACCUGUUGCACUGUGCAGAGCUGAGGGUGUGUAUGUGUGGGACGUGGAAGGAAAGCAAUACUUUGAUUUCCUCAGUGGCUAUUCGGCCGUCAACCAAGGCCAUAGACAUCCCAAGAUUGUUGAAGCUCUCAAGAACCAACUGGACACACUGACGCUCACCUCCAGAGCUUUCUACAACGAUGCGUUGGGUGAAUUCGAGGAGUACACAACCAGGCUGUUUGGAUAUGACAAGUUAUUGCCAAUGAACAGUGGAGUGGAGGCAGCCGAGACAUCAGUGAAGCUAGCUCGGAGGUGGGCGUAUGAUGUGAAGGGGGUUCCCCAUAACCAAGCCAAGGUCGUCUUUGCUGAGGGAAACUUCUGGGGACGCUCUAUUGCAGCUAUAUCAUCAUCGACUGACUCGGACAGCUAUGGAGGGUUUGGACCAUUUGUACCCGGUUUUGAGGUUAUAGAGUACGACAACCUGGAUGCUUUGGAGACAGCUGUGUCGGACCCUCACUGUGCUGCUCUCCACAUAGAGCCCAUUCAGGGGGAGAAUGGAGUAGUCAUCCCCAGCGAGGGAUAUCUGAGGGGAGUACGCGACAUCUGCUCCAGAAACAAUGUGCUUUGGAUUGCUGAUGAGAUUCAGACUGGCCUGGGUAGGACUGGAAAGCGACUGGCGUGUGAUCAUGACUCAGUGAGGCCUGAUGUUGUUGUCCUUGGCAAAGCACUCUCUGGAGGAAUGUUCCCAGUGUCGUGUGUUUUGGCUGAUGAUGAAGUCAUGCUAACCAUCAAGCCUGGGCAGCAUGGCUCAACUUAUGGUGGUAGCCCUCUGGCUUGCAAGGUUGCCAUGGCUUCUUUGAAGGUGCUUGAGGAGGAGGGCAUGUAUGAGAAUGCACGGAGGAUGGGAGAGGUGUUCAAGAACGAGAUGACAAAUCUGCCAGACAUUGUCACGAUGAUACGAGGCAGAGGACUGUUCUGGGCAGUGGUCAUAAAGUCAGAGGGAGAUGUGAAUGCGUGGAACGUUGCUCUGAGACUGAGGGACAAUGGCAUAGUGAGCAAGCCUACUCAUGACCACAUCCUCCGCCUCUCACCGCCACUCAAUAUCACAGAGGAACAAAUGAGGGAAGCUUGUGGAAUCAUCAAGAAUGUUCUGAAAUCAAUGUAAUAAACUCAAUGUAAUGCUGUACACGUCUGUUUAUAUAAAUUAUGUUGAUAUCGAAUGUUAAAAGAUA